GGCACUUUGGAAUUGAACGCUUACUCGACCCUACUCGAGCCAUGAGUCUCCCGCAAGAGCUGCUCGAUAACAUCCUGGACAAUCUGUGUGAUGACCUUGAGUCUCUCAAGCACUGCGCCCUCGCAUACUCGUCGCUCCGCGCCACCAGCCAACGUAUCCAAUUCCGUCGCGUCGUUUUGGGCCCAGCACCCUCCGGCAGACCUACACCGUGCUUUCGGUUCUUCGUGCUUCUUACGGAAUCGCCACACAUCAGCCUCCACGUCAAAUCCCUCGUCAUAAUGGACCGCAAACCGUUCUCGUGGCACACAUGGCCGAAGACCAUACCGUGGAUUGUUACCGAGCAAACUCUCCCUCUGCUCCUCGCCAAGCUCACGCCGAAUCUCACGGCGUUCCACAUGCAUACACGGAGUCCGUGGGGACGGAUAGCCGAGACCCGCGCCCUCCAUGCAGCUCUGCUCCACGUACUGGCUUCCCCCAAGCUGUCGUAUCUACAAUUCAAGGACGUCUCGCCUCCUGCCUCGUCCAUUCUCCUCGCGCCGGGCCUGAGGGGCCUGCUACUGAGUAACGCCGAACUUCUGGAGGACUGCCGAAGCCAUACCCCUGCCGGUGCGUCGCGUGCUAUCCAUCGGAUCGGACUCAUGGGAAAGCAUCUGGAUUGGAUUACCAGUCCACAGUGUCCGCUCGACUGGCGCCUGCUCAGGAAGCUCCGUGCAUCGUCGGACCAUACGAAACCCCAUACGAAGGCGCUGCAGCUGGUGUUGGACCGAUGCGCGCAGUCGCUGACCGAAUUCGAGUUCUUCCCGGCACAUCCGUUGUCUUUGCCUCGGCCGCUACCCAGUCUAAGCCUCAGCAAGAGCGCCGUUCUGCGGCGUCUUUGCGUGUAUCUCGUAUGCGGGCAAGAACAAGACAAGACCGUGGUCGACUGGUUCGUGCCCCUCCUCGACAGCCUCGAUCCCGCCGCGCCCAUCGCGCUAGUCACGAUCCACUUCGAGGCGUGGGACUACGCCGGUACCAUGGGGGACCGGUACGACUGGACGGCCUUCGAUGAAUGUCUGACGCGAGUCGUUGAACGGAGGUGGGCCCGCGUGCUCUUCAGAUGCGCUGGGUCCGGUACAUAUCCGACUGCUGGUGAGUUCCCUCAGCUGUGGACUACCGGCCGUCUGCACAUCGAGAAAAGCUCCGAGGAGCUCGAUGAGCUGCAAUAUGCAGCUUUCUAGAUGCGGUAUGCACGGACGGCGGAUUUCUCCAUAGUACAAUUGCGAGCGGGACAGAAUAAUCGCGCAGUCCAAAUGGCACGUGAGCAAGGAUCAUGGUCAGAAUCAUGUGGUGUGACAUCAACUGUGACCAACUUUUGUCCUUUCAGGCCGAAUUUCACUCCGUUUUCGGGGGGAAUAAUUCGUUUUUUUUUUACUGUAGACAAGCCCCGAUCUGUGUGUAGAUGUCCGUAAAAUCGGUUGUACUGAUCAACCGAGCUCGAUCAUACUUCGCAUAAGACCAACUUCACUCUAUUUCUCGAACAACUGGUCGGUUGUGGACCGUCUCUUACUCGAUCCUGCGGAGGGGGAAAUGCUCAUUUUUGGACCAAGAUCUACUCUGUUCCGGAUGGAGAUAUGCCUGAGUGACGGAGACCUAAAUACACCCUAUCUUCCUCAAAUCCUGAGUUCAUUGGUAGCCCCAUCUCAAGAUGUCAUGCCUGCCCCACAGUUCGCUAAUCUUUGAAUUUGAGGCUGGUUUCUCUGGUGGACUGGGCUGGUCCGG